CCGGGGCCGGGGCCGGGGCCGGGGCUGGGGCCGGGGCCGGGGCCGGGGCCGGGGCCGGGCCGCGCCUCCCUCGCUGAGCGCCGCGGCGCAGCGCGGGCACCGCCAGCGCGGCCCCCCGCGCUGCUCGCAAGGAGGGAGACUGAGUUUGUGAUGUUUUAAGUCAGGCUUGAGGAUCAUCAGCAUCGUCAGAGUUGCCAUUUUUCGCCCAAGAUCUUAAAGCACUCUACAAUGACAGGCUCUGCAUUGACGUCACAAUGACACGGUGAAGCCAAAGACAGGAGCUGGGAAUGGUUCUUCUGCUUCACUUUAGAUAAUCGAGUGAAUUUGUCACCACUCCGUCCCUUCCAGCAUGGCUAAGAGUGCAGAAGUGAAGCUGGCGAUCUUCGGUCGAGCUGGUGUGGGCAAAUCAGCUCUCGUCGUACGCUUCCUGACCAAACGGUUCAUCUGGGAGUAUGAUCCAACGUUAGAGUCUACAUAUCGUCACCAAGCUACCAUUGAUGAUGAAGUGGUUUCCAUGGAGAUACUAGAUACAGCUGGUCAGCAGGAGGAUGCUAUACAGAAAGAAGGACACGUGCGAUGGGGUGAAGGCUUUGUUCUGGUUUACGACAUCACGGACAGAGGCAGCUUUGAAGAAGUGCUGCCACUUAAGAACUUGUUGGAUGAAGUUAAAAAACCCAAAAAUGUCACCCUGAUCCUAGUGGGGAACAAAGCAGACUUGGAUCACUCCAGGCAGGUCAGCACAGAGGAAGGUGAAAAGCUGGCCACAGAACUGGCAUGUGCUUUUUACGAGUGCUCUGCUUGCACAGGAGAAGGCAACAUUAUGGAGGCCUUCUAUGAGCUCUGUCGUGAGGUACGGCGUCGAAAGAUGGUCCAGGGCAAGACUCGGAGACGAAGCUCCACCACCCAUGUCAAGCAGGCAAUUAAUAAGAUGCUGACCAAAAUCAGCAGCUAAAAAGAGUGGAACUAAGCCAGAGAAGCAUUUUAUAGCAUAUUAGCUUGGAGUAGGGAUGAGGCAGGCAGAGCACACUUAACUAAAAAUGGUCAAAGCUUUGCAAUUAAAAAAAUAAAAAAGACAAACACCACCACUUUUUGAGUAACACAGGGUCAGACUUUUUUCCUAUUUCAGAACGUAUUUAGCCACACUGCUUCUGGCUAACAUAGGGCGGGGGAGGGGAGGAAGCAAAGGGAAAAAAAGCAAACUCCAAAGGACUAGAUGAUUGUGGGGAUUGGCACUGACAGAGCAUCUUCUGCUUCUACAAGGCUGGCUCCAGUCCCCUGCAAGUCAGUAGUGCCUAAACAUGAUUUCCAGCCAGCCAGUUGCUCAGAAGCCAUUGGAGAGCAAGAUUCAGCCCUCAGUCCAUCAACAACCAUUACAACCAGUGUUCUCAAGGACUGAGUACGUGUAGAGGCUGCUGCAUUGUAUUGGAAAGUUCAUCUGUCACCUUUCACCAGCUCUCAAUUGGCACAUUGUGUGCUUUUACUCCAAACUGUCCUUCCUUGUUAUUUUUUCCAAAUCUAUGAGUACUGAUGUUCUUAGCAAGGUACGCAAAAAAUGCAGGAAAGGUCUAUUUCAUGGAGUGUUUAGCCAACAAGACACACAUUUUGAAAGAGCUGAAGUUCAGCUGCUUAUCCAGAUCCUCUGAAACUGUGGAAUUCAUCAAGAAAUAAUCAGCUAGUCCAGUCGCAUUUUAGCAUUUCCCCCUCAAACUGCAGUACUGUACUUGGGGAAAUAGGAGUGUAUGAGUUGGGAAAUAAAACCAAAAAAAUAAUCACACUACUAUUGAUUUAGUUAUGGGUAGUUUUUAGCUUUUUUUUUACAUUUUUGCUUUGGUCUUAUUUCAAUUCAAAUUGUUCCUCUUACUCUAUCUUAUAACUGAAGAAGAACUGAAUCCAUGGGAAGGCAAGCAUUCAAAGUAAGCCCAAAUGUAAAUCAGAUGUGAAUCACCACUGCCAUAUCAAAAGGCCAUAAUUUCCAGCUGUUUAAACUUCCAGAUUGCUUGAAGCACUCUGUGGUUUAAACCAGCACAUUUUUUAUGACUUAUCUGGCAAAUUGAAGUGAAAGUGCUUUAUCAGAUUUUGGUGCCUGGGAUAAAAGGUGUCCAGUUUUUAAUCCUCUCUCUCCUCCCUCAGACAUCUCAUUUAAGCCAGCUGUCAAGUUUUGCCUCCUGUCUACUUGGUUUGUAACUGUGUGUUAAAAGAUGCAACAAACUGGAAGAUUUUCAUUCACAUUGUGCUGGUCUCCCACCAGUUGUGUAGCAUCCUUUUAGGCAGCGUGGUGUGCAGCUCAGACUGUCAUCACAUAGAACUGCAGCCAAAGGUUGGGAUAACAAUUGGGAAUAUUUGCAGUAUUAUUUUAGGAACAGCCCCCUUGUAGCAAGUGCUUACAACUUGAUUCUCCACUGCUUUGUACCUCAUAUGGUUAUUCACUUCUGUGAGGAAGUAACACCAAAAGAUUAUCAAAUGCAAAUUGCUGCAGAUGCAGGAGGGUGAGGAUAUCUGGUUGGAUAGCACUUUAUACAGUUAUAGGUAACCAUGUCUGUGGUGGAACAGGCUGGAGAAUCAAGCCUGUAUAUCCCUGUGACAGAUAAAAGUCCCAAGUCAGGACUUUUAUCAAAAGGAUUGGCUUAAAGAUACUUUAUAAAAAUAAAUUUCUUUAAAGCAUUCUCUUUUACCCAACCAGCAUCAAAGAACAUCAAAUUCUGAUGUAUAUUUUAUUUGUGCUGUUGUUUAUUUUCUCUUUUCCCUAUUCUAGAUAGUGAAAACAUUUCACUCUUCUGGAAUCAAUGUCUAUAUUUUAGUCCUCAUAUUCAGGUAUGUUGCCAUACAUCAGCUAGACACACUGCAAUGGAAAUUCUACCAUGUGCUUCUGGGCAGGCGGUUCUUUCAACAGGUGAUACCACUAUCUUCGUGGCACAUCUGUUCCCGAACGAUUUUUCAUAUCUAACUUCUGUUAAAAAUAAAAUAAAAUACAGGUUUUACCAUGUUUAGUCCUAUUAGUAAUGCAGCAUCAAUACGAGUGUGAAAGAAAGGGCUAGUGCCCGUUCACACAGCCGUAGUCAUUAGCUGGAGGCCUGAAUGUGCAAAUGUGUAUGCUACAACAGUAGGAGCCACAGUGAGCACUUGCAAGUCGAGGCACUAAUUCAUCCCGUUAUCUUUCAAACCACUGUCAUUGCAUGUAUCCGAAGUAAACAGAACCCUUACCUGCAAUCCCAUGGCAACAUAGCUGAGAGGGAAGUUUUUAUGUCGGUAUGCAAAGCAAUUGAUUUAUCCCUUUUUAAAACAACUUCAACAGUUCUUUUCUCUGAAAACCUUUCUUGGGGUUCAGAGUUGAGCUGCAUUUGAAAUACAGAAAGGUAAUAUACGAAGGACAAGAGAACAUAAAUUAAUCGUAUUCAUAUCAGGAGAGUUCAAAGGAAGGAGAGGCUAAGUUAUGGCCCUAAUACUUUUCAGAAGGAUCUCAGCAGAUUAUAUCUUCUUUUAUAGUGUCUGUAUAGAGAAAUUAUAAAAUCCUAGUGAAAGUAAAUGUUCCACUGUGUAAUCAUGACUUGUUAUAUAAAGAAAUGCUAAUAAAAAUAGUAAUGUUACUUUGCAAAGAC